AUGAGGGUUGCCUCGAGUAGCGCAGCCCUAACUCUUCCACAACCUCCUCAAUGCCAGGAAGCGGUUCAGCUGCUCGUGGCUGUGCGCCGCCGACAGGCAGAACCUGCGCACGGUGUGACAGAGAGAGAGAGAGAGAGAGAGAGAGAGAGAGAGAGAGAGAGAGAGAGGCAGAAAGGAGAAAAGAGCGUGAAGAAAUGGAAGAAGAAGAAA